AUGGUUUCUACAUCCGGCCGUCAAACGCCUCAGCGACCAGCCUCAUCAGGCUUAGCCCUUCUUUUCGCGGUUUCCGUCUCUGCUAAGCCUCUGUCUUUCAACGCGCCUCUUUUCGAGAGGGCCCUUUCCGGCGUCAACAACAACUCGGCCGACGAUCGCUCUACAUGGUUCGAUUUCGAUCUCUCAACCAACUACUACGAUACUGUUCCCGAUACCGGUGACACUGUAGUGUACUAUCUAGAGAUCACCAACACCACAGCUUCUCUCGAUGGUGUUGAACGCGAAGUUCAACUCGUCAACGGUACAUUCCCAGGUCCUACCAUUAUCGCCAACUGGGGGGAUACUGUUACUGUUCAUGUUACCAACAAUCUCGGCGUAGUUAACGGUUCUUCUAUCCAUUGGCAUGGUAUCCGCCAAAACUACACCAACCAGAAUGACGGUGUCGCAUCCAUAACCCAAUGUCCGAAUGCUCCUGGCACAACAGAAACCUAUACGUGGAGAGCUACUCAAUAUGGUUCAUCAUGGUACCACUCCCACUGGGCUCUUCAAGCUUGGAACGGCGUUCUCGGUGGUAUCAUUAUCAAUGGACCUGCUUCAGCCAACUACGACGUGGAUGCCGGUAACCUCUUCCUCAACGACUGGACUCAUCAAACCGCCGAUCAAGUAUAUCUUCUAGCUGAGAAGAAUGGUGUCCCAACUCUCGAUAACGGCUUGAUCAACGGCACUAAUGUUUACAACACACUCGGUUCCCGCUUCGAGAUGACCUGGGUAUCUGGAACAAAGUAUCUUCUCCGACUUGUCAAUGGUGCUGUUGAGACUCACUACAAGUUUAUGGUCGACAACCACACGAUGACCGUCAUUGCAGCCGAUUUCGUUCCAGUGGAGCCUUAUGUUGCUGACUUCAUCAACAUUGGCAUGGGACAACGAUAUGAUGUCAUUAUCGAAGCCAACCAAACUACCGCCGACUACUGGUUACGUGCAAUUCCUCAGGUAGCUUGUUCUGACAAUGACUCUGCCGACAACAUCAAAGGGAUAAUCAGAUACGAUUCCACCUCCACUUCUGACCCGACCACUUCAGGAUACACCUACACGGAUGCUUGCGACGAUGAGACCUCCAACCUCGUUCCGGUCCUCUCCUUGGAUGCCAGCAGUGAGGAUAGCGAGGAUGAUUUCGCCGUUACUGUUACAAGAUCCAACAAUCUCUUCAAGUGGCGCAUGGCAGGAACCUCCUUUGUUUCCGACUGGGCGGACCCAACUCUCAAGAAGGUCAUCGAGGGUAACGAUACAUUCAGUACCGAGGAGCAUGUUAUUGAGCUUGAUACUGCCAAUGAGUGGGUUUAUUUCGUCAUCUCCACCACCCAAGGUGUCCCUCACCCAAUCCAUCUACACGGCCACGAUUUCUAUGUCCUGGCUCAAGGAACCGGAACAUACACUGAUGGCACCACUGCUCUCACCACCACCAACCCCCCAAGACGUGACACUGCCAUGCUCCCAGCAUCAGGGUAUCUUGUCAUUGCCUUCCUCACCGAUAAUCCAGGUACCUGGUUGAUGCACUGCCACAUUGGAUGGCACGCGGCUGAGGGAUUCUCAAUCCAACUACUUGAGCGCAUAGAUGAGAUCUCUGCCCUGACAAGCUCGGAAACCAUGAAUACAACGUGCAAUGCUUGGGAUUCCUUCGUCACGUCCAGCUCCAUUGAACAGGAAGACUCGGGUAUCUAAACGACUAAUCGAGAAGGAUUUUCUUGUCAUACGGAGAAAGGAAAAAUUGGAUGGGUCUUGUCAAUGGAGUGGUACGGUAUUUCGGCUGUUUUUUGGGGGGCGAGGUAGAACGAGAACUAGCGAAAGGGGUGUUUGGGAGGGUCAACCACAUAUAUCCUUCUGGCGUUACGAAGAACGACCUGC